CAGAUUCUUUACCGACUGAGCCACCAGGGAAGCCCUCUGACUUUCUAAGGGGAAAGCAUGGAUAGUCUCAGAUUACCUGUAAAGAUGUGCUUUAAGGCUCUUCAGAAGUGAGCCUUGCUCUUGGGAGCCCAUUUCGUGCGGUGACUUUCAAAAGAGAUCGUGUAUUCUGGAUCUAAGGACUGUGGAUUUCCUUGACCUGCGUCUUCACAGCUUAAGUUGAACGAUUUUCUUUGGAACUGUCUUCCAGCCCAUGGGGGCCAGUAAACGGGGGAUGGGCCACCCAGAUAACUAGAUCCGGCUGGGCCCCCUCCCCACCUACACACAUGUGGCCAGGGCGCCAUCGGGAGUGGUCAGCGUGUGGCUCCGCCUCUGCCACGUGCCAGUCCGCAGGGACCCUGGGACGUCACUUCGGCCUAGCGGGCCCUGGUCUGUUGGGAGUUGGCGGUGGCACCGGAAGCCCAAACCCGUAUCCGCUCCAACAUUCGACGCCCCUGGCGGUCAUGGCUUCUCCGCUGAAGCUAGAGCAGGGCAUGCAGGGGAAAGUAGAUUCAUUUCGGGCCCGCAUCGCCCAGGAGGCCGAGGAUCUAGUGUCCACCUUCUUCCCUCAGAAGCUCUCGGAGCUAGAUAGUCGGGUCCAGGAGCUCCGCCUGCAAGACUUGUCCAGAAUCCGUUCAGUGCCAGCCCCAGAGAGCCUCAUCGCCCCAGACACUGCUGGUGAUGGGCCCAACCGGGACCCGCCGCCUCGGCAGACCCAGCCCUCCAUCAAGGUACUAGCACUGCCCAGCGGCGAGGGACAGCUUCUGCGAAGCAACCAGCAUCUGGUGGAGUUGAUUGAGCGUGUAAAGCCUGAGAUCGAGCUGCUGAGAGAGAAAUGCAACACGGUGCGGAUGUGGGUGCAGCUGCUCAUCCCGAAGGUGGAGGACGGCAACAACUUCGGAGUGUCCAUCCAGGAAGACACCGUGGACCAGCUGUGGACCGUGGAGAGCACAGCAGCCUCCUAUCUACGCCGCUUCUCCACCUACUACAACACCCGGGCCAAGCUGGUAUCCAAGAUAGUGAAAUACCCCCAGGUGGAAGAUUAUCGCCGCACCGUAGCGGAGGUCGACGAAAAUGAGUACCUGAGUGUGCGUCAGAUUUUGCUCCACGUACGGAACCAGUAUGCCACUUUGCAUGAUGUAAUCCUCAAAAACAUCGAGAAGAUCAAGACCCCUCGGAGCACCAACACCGACAACCUUUACUGAGGACCUUUCUCCACCCCACUUUCCUUCAGGAGUUGGCUGAGCUGUUCAGGCAGCCAGAAGGCUGGUUAUCUACAGGUGACGAAACGACUGGAAAUGUGCGUUACUCUUUAGAGACAGUUUCGUAUAGCUUAUCCUCAUAAUGAAUCCUCUUGGUGUAAUUUUUAUUUGAUUUUUCUUUGGGGAGAGAGAAUGGGAUCAAGCCAUCUGGUUGAAGGUGGUAAGGUUGGUCAAAGAGAGAGGAUAGCCAUUUUAAAAACAGCUUUAUAGAUGAUUGUUGGCCAAGGUUUCUUUUUUUAUGGCAUUGGUGAUAUUGAAUGGUUUCAGGGGUUAAAAAAAAAGUUUUAAAGAAAGUUCAAUGAAGCUUUUCUUAAGGUUCUGCUCUGUUACUUUGUUCAAACCUCAGAAAUGCUCCUUUUAUACCAUCUUUUGGCUUUUGCAAGAAAAGGAGUUUAAAGGGAUGCGUUUAGGUCAUUAUAUGCUUUUAAUUUAGCAAAUUGAAAUAAAAAUCAUUUUUUGA